AUGUCUGUUAGGAGAAAAACAUUGGCUGCGGUGACUGGCUCUAUGCCGCCACCACCUCUGCAAUUCUCAGGCUCUCAAUAUGGAGAUCAGCCUCCACCCUCUUCUGUCGCAGUUAUUGUCCAAAAUUUAUCAAAAAAUGGAAGUGGUUCCUCUCGAAUGGUUGAUCGCGACACAUUUCAGCAGUUGCUGGCGGAAGUAAUGGGAACAGAUGGGGACCCUUCAGACGCAAGCCUCGAAGACAAUGUGAGGAUAAACUACAAAGUUGUGGAAGUGGUCAUGGAAGCUGGAAUCAGCGUCCUAUUAAAUGGAGACCCCUUCGCUUCUACCAGCGAUUUACUGCUUCAAGCAACGAACAGCCUACUUGUGGUGAGCAUGCCGCCGAACCGAAUCGACCAAUACUUUUCUUAUGAAGCUAUCCUUAUAGCUGCAGCGAAGGAGUCUGAGGCGUGGAAAUAUCUGACAACGGUGAUGGGGUACUGUCGGAGCUGUGUUACGUGUAUCAUCGAUUCGUUCCAUAGCACCGCGAAAAUCACCGCUGCUAUGUCCAAUUCCUUUAGGCUGGAGCUCCCAGACGAAGACUUUUCGAUCAAUCUAUCACAACUACCCACAAAUUCUCCCCCAGUGACGCAUCAAUCCCUCAGAUUUGUUAUUAAGGAUCCAGAAAACGCAGCUUGUGUAGCCAUUCAUCUUUUUGCCGUACUUUCCAGGAUUUCUGCUUCUAGCGAUGAUAUUCCUACACUAAGAACUGCCGCAGACAAUUUCUUGUGGUUCUUGCAAAACAUCUCAAAGCUAUGGAAAAGCAUGAGAAUUUGGGAGUCCAUUCCGAUGUUGCAGACAAAAGUUUCUAGAAUCCGCAUCAAUAUCUUGGAGGCAUUAGGGAGUUCCCUGGGUCAAAUACCAAGAUCGCAAUAUGGGAGCAUAAAAUGCGAUAAUUUAUGCCUGCUUAUAGUACGGUGUGCUAGUGAGACUUUGAGCCAACUGGUGGAGCAAGCAAACCAACCCACAGAACUUGUUCUGGCAAGUGUAUUUCUUGGAGUCUUAUUAGUCGCAGGCGAUGCGCUCUCGGUUGAUGAACUUUUGAGGGAGCAGGCUCUUCCUGUGGCAUUUAAAGCUAUGAAUAAUGAUAUAACAUGGGAAAUUCUGGAUCGCGAUCUUCAAAUGGUAGUAAUACGUCUUGUCCUCGAUGUUUCUAAAGAUCCCGAGAUUACAAGAAAAGCGAUAUCUCUCUUGCAGUCAGGUACAGAAGGGGGGUGGAUUUUUAGAAACGAAAAAUUACAGGAGGAGGCCGAUCGGCUCAGGACCAUUGAGAUAUCAGAAUCUUUGGAGCAGAAAGACAAUAACAGCGGCCGUAGAAAACGUCCUAGGCUCAUGAUAAAAGACGAGGUGCCCAGUGUGGAAACCCACCCUUUGGUAUUAGAGACAUUCCGUCUUCUGGGAUACCGAGGGGUAGCUGGUCUACAGGGGUUGAGCGCGGUGGUGUUAGGAGACGCUUUCAAUAAAAUCGAUGAGAAUGAGCAAUGCACUGUUGUUCAAUCUCUUGGGCUCAUCUCUUGUAUCUUGGCCGGCAAUCUGACUGAGGGCCUAGAGCUUGAUCAAAGGAACUUGCAAUGUACCCACUAUUAUUGCUCCUAUUGUGACGCUGAAACCACAGGAGUAUCUUUAGCAGCCAGAUCAUAUGCCGAUGAACGGAAUGAUGUGCUAUUCACAGUUUUGGAGAUUCUUCAGAAGUUGGACAACUUCCGGGGUUCUUCAAGAGUGAGGAUCCAAUUCCUCGCAGAAAUACAUGAUGUAACGCCUAAGCAGUUACUCACACCAUAUUGGCGCAGCAUCAGCGCAAGUGUUGUUAAACAGCUACAGUCCAAACCGCAGAUUGCUGGAUACCUUUCAGAUAUAUUGGGGAUCAGUGUAGACGACUUCCUGGGGACCACUCAAACAUAUACACUACCUUACAUGAUAUUGUGGAAACGGGUAGAAAUAGUUGAAAGGGUUGCACAGGCAUGUGGUAAGAGUGCUUGGUUUGUAUGCCAUGAAAAUAUGACCUUUAUUCUUGCUCUUCUUCUUGCCCAAGACGUGGGAGAUAUCGAACAAACGACAAUGGCUCUACUUAUAAAUGCCUCAGAGAAUUUUAAGUCAUGUUCAUUGAGGGAGCUGGUAAGACCUGAGAAAAUCACUCUUGCAACUGAACUGUUGAAAGCUGCUGGCGAUGCAGACCAAGAGAAUAAGGAACCGAUACAUAGAGCACUAGCAUUGGUAGCUGAGCUUAGUCGAACAACGAAAUCAGCCGAGAGCAAGGAAGCACCUUUAGACGAAUUUUUCAAAUUAAAUGUUCUCGGAAUAUUCACCGAAUUCAUGACAUUGUUAAAAGAAGCUCCUACCCCGAUGGUAGAAAAAAUUCGUAUUAUAAAAGCGAUUGAGGAGAUGGUUAUAUUGGCCGGGGGGUAUAUAAGUGGCGCACUACCGCAGAUAUGCGCCUGUUUACAAUCAGCACUGGAAACCGAACAAUUGCGAACAAGCGCUUUAUAUGCUUGGAGUGCAAUCAUAACGACCUUACCCGCAGAAGUAAUCAGUCCAUUGCUAGUUCAAACUUUCUCAGUGAUAUUGCAAUACUGGAAUGAUUUUCAGGACGAUGCAAGGAAGAGAGCUCAAGAAAUCAUUACACACUUUUUCAAUAAAUAUUCCCGGACUAUCGAAAAAGAUGUUGGCAUGAUUCCUUCUUUGGCAUUGAUACCAUCGUCUUCGCAUUUUGAAACACAACUUAAAGAAUGGAGAUGUUCCAUUGGUGUAAAACAACGUUUCGACCUUCUUUCACGGCGAUGUCGCCAUGAAAAUGUGGCUGUUGUAGAACAGGCAUUGAUUGAGUUAACAGGGUUCAUUAGGGAAAACCAAGCAUUCAUACAUACAGCGGCCAUAAAUGAACAGCCUGACGAGGUGGUUCCUCAGUUAAUAAGGACACUUUUGGAUGUUGUUGUUGCAUUCAAAAACACGGAUUUAAACUCUAAUCCUAAGGUUCAGCUGAAUAUCCAACGCCUUUGUGCCGAAUCACUCGGUUUGAUAGGAGCCGUGGACCCCAAUCGUGUGGAAACAACUCGAGAGAUACGCGAUAUGAUGGUCUUACAUAAUUUCGAGAAGGCAGACGAGAGUGUUGAAUUUGUUGUUUUUUUCCUAGAGGAGAAGGUUGUAAAGGCAUUUCUUUCAGCUACUGAUACGAAAGUCCAGGCUUUCCUCGCAUUUGGAAUGCAAGAGCUACUAAGAUUUAUCGAAGUAGGAGUUGAUGUUAGUCGCAGUCGUGGCGCACGAGUUCCUCAGUCUAUAGUCGCAGCUGAAAGAUGGGCAUCCUUUAGCACAACAGCCCGGAGUGCUCUGACGCCGUUUCUGGGAUCUAAAUAUAUUCUGCAGCAGAAAGCCCAGGCUAGAGGUGUGAAUGCUGAAGGUAUAUUUUCGACAUGCGGUCGGAUGUUAAAGGGCCAAGAUAUCUCUAUAUCUCUGUUUCUGUUACCAUUUGUCACAUUGAAUGUCAUCAUUGCGGGAGAAGACAGUGAUCGGAAAAACAUUGCCAGCGAAAUAUUGGCCGUGCUACGACCUACGGAGGGUUCAGAAAGCAUUAUGGCUUCAGAAAAUCUUAAGCAGUGCACCGAGACGGUUUUUCUUCUCAUAGACCAUUUAACAAGGUGGCUACGCGAUAAGAAAAAAUUAAACUCAUCGCUUCAGGUUCAACGAGCAAGGCAACAAAAUCGUCACGUUGCUUUAGAAGAUGAGACUGGGAAAGAUGUUGCUGUCGAACGGGUCGAAUCAGUCCUUUCUGUAAUACCUCCAGACAUGAUGGGUAUACGUUCAUUUGAAUGCCAAUCAUAUGCAAGAGCUCUUUUUUAUUGGGAACAACACAUUCGCCAGAAAAGAGAUACUACACGUGAAGAUGAGAUGACGCCUUUAUAUGAGAGGCUACAGCAUAUAUAUACUCAGAUUGACGAACCAGACGGAAUCGAGGGCAUUUCGACGAAAUUGCCUGUUCUCAAUCACGACCAACAAAUCCUCGAACAUCGGAAGGCUGGAAGAUGGACAGCUGCACAGAGUUGGUAUGAACUUCUCUUAUGCGAGAAACCAGAUGAUUUGGAAAUUCAGACAAAUCUUCUAACCUGCUUGAAAGAGUCCGGGCAACAUGAAAUGCUUUUAAACCAGGCUGACGGCAUGAUGGCCAACUCUCCAAAUCCCCACCCAAGGAUACUAGAAUUUGCCAUAGAAGCCUCCUGGAUUUCUGGCAAAUGGGACGUGUUAGAUAAAUAUCUCAUGAGGUCUGAGGGCUCGAUAGAAUCGUCUUAUGAAAUCAAAAUAGGUAGCGCUUUAUCUGCACUGCGCAAGCAAGACACGGAUACAUUUGCAAAGGAGAUAGCCAGAGCGCGGGAAAAUGUCGUAAGCAGGUUGUCCGAAUCUCUUACGGGGUCUUUACGUCAAUGCCAUGAUUCAAUGGUCAAACUUCAUUCAUUAUCAGAGAUUGAGGAAAUCAGCUUGACAUUACAGCAAGGAACCUUUGAUAAAGCAAGUUUCUCGGCAAAUCUAGAGAGGCGUCUUGAUGUGAUGGGGACUUACUCGAAUCAUAAGCAAUACAUUCUGGCUCUUCGUCGGGCUGUAUUCCAGCUUUCCGGUGCCGAAUUAGCUAAGGACAAUAUUGCAUCGACUUGGCUCGCUAGUGCUCGCUUUGCAAGGAAGGCAGGUCAAAUACAUCAAUCAUUCAAUUCGGUUCUCCAUGCCUCAAGACUCGGUGCACCACUCGCGACUGUAGAACAUGCAAAACUAUUGUGGCACGAAGGCCAGCAUCGGAAAGCUAUACAAAAUCUUGAGGGGGCAAUUUCUUCAAACAUGAUACAAACUAACGACUCUAUCACUGAGACUAUACAAUCUGGAAAGAACCACCCUCAAAAUAUUGUCUCAGCGAAAGCUAUUCUUUUGUUAGCAAGGUGGCUGGAUGGGGCAGGCCAAACUCAUUCAAAAGAGAUCAUCUCGAAAUACACCAAGGCAUCAUCAUACUUUGUUAGAUGGGAGCAAGGCCAUUACUUUCUCGGACGGCAUUAUAAUAAGCUUCAUGAGGCCGAGAAGGGGAUUGCGCCACUCAGUCAAAGCCAGCCCUUCUUAAAUGGAGAAACAGCACGAUUAGUCUGCCAGUCUUACCUUCGUGCUCUUGCAUUCGGAACAAAAUAUAUAUUCCAGACAAUGCCUCGAGUAUUAACCCUUUGGCUAGAUCUAGGUGAGAACCAGGAAUUGGAAGAAGUUCACGGAAGUGCGGAUUUCAGAAGUCAUAUUUUAAGAGAGAGACUCAAGAAUUUGACCAAUCUACACCUCUCGGUACAAAAGUAUAGCGAGAGGCUACCCGCGUGGAUGUUUUAUACCGCAUUUCCCCAAAUAAUAUCUCGAAUUGUCCAUCCUAGCCAAGAGGUCUACACGCAUCUCCAGAACAUCAUUGUAAAGGUUGUUUCAACGCAUCCCAGACAGGCCCUCUGGUCACUUACAGCGGUGUGCAAGUCAACAUCAAGAGAAAGGUCCAGUCGUGGUGCGAGGAUAAUUAACAGGAUAAAAGAAAAUUAUGUUGCUAAGGGCCGGAGAGAAGCAGACAAUGAGUUGAAGAAUUUAAUAUUGCAGUCGCAAAAGCUCACAGAUCAGUUACUGCGUCUCUGUGACGCUGAUCUGCCUUCGAAAGCAGUCACUGUCAGUUUGACGAAAGACCUUGGAUUUAAUCAUUCCGUAGCACCUUGCAUGCUUGUGGUACCUUUACAAACAGUUCUCACAGUGACACUUCCCCCAACCCCCGAAUCUAUAAAAAACCAUGUUCCAUUUAAUCUAUCUGCGCCUACUAUUGCAGGGUUCGCCGACGAUGCGGAUAUCAUGUCGUCUUUACAAAAGCCUCGAAAAAUUAAGAUGCGUGGCUCUGAUGGUAAAAUGUAUCCAUUUUUGUGUAAGCCAAAAGACGAUCUACGUAAAGACGCUCGUUUGAUGGAAUUUAACAACAUGAUAAACCGUUUCUUGAAGAAAGACACCGAUUCUAGUCGCAGGCGUUUAUAUAUUCGAACAUAUAUGGUCACCCCUUUGAACGAAGAAUGCGGUCUUAUUGAGUGGGUUAAUAACGUACGACCGCUUCGGGACAUCCUUUUGAAAUCAUAUAAAACAAAGGGAAUUAUUGUGCAGUACUCCGAAAUUCGUGUUCUUCUCGAUAAAGCCUGCUCAGAUCCCUCGAAGUCUCAUAUAUUUACGGAUUCCGUGCUUCCAAGAUAUCCUCCCGUAUUCCAUGAAUGGUUUGUUGAAAUGUUUUCAGGGCCAGCUGCUUGGUUUGCCAGCAGGGUCGGUUACUCGAGGACCUCAGCGGUUAUGUCGAUGGUUGGGCACAUAUUGGGACUCGGUGAUCGUCACGGAGAGAAUAUUCUCUUCGAUGAAACUAAUGGCGAUACUCUCCACGUUGAUUUCAACUGUCUAUUUGACAAGGGUCUGGGAUUUGAGAAACCAGAAAGAGUGCCGUUCCGUCUCACACACAACAUGGUUGAUGCACUGGGAGUGACAGGAUAUGAAGGCACCUUCCGGAGAACUUGUGAAACGACCGUUAGGGUAUUGAGGAAUAACGAAGACACUCUUAUGACAGUUCUAGAAACCUUCCUACAUGAUCCAGCCGUUGAUAUGGUUAAGAAGAAAAAAGCAAAUAUAAAAAUUCCCGAGACGCCUAAGGAUGUCCUGAAGAACAUUCAGAACAAACUCCGAGGUCUCUUCCAAGGCGAAACUGUUCCGCUGUCAGUAGAGGGACAGGUUCAGGAAUUAUUGCGAUCAGCCGUCGACCCGGGCAAUCUUUGUGCAAUGUAUAUUGGGUGGUGUGCAUUCAUGUGA